AUGGUCGCAAUUUCAGAGAUCCGUCAGCAAAUCACAAGUGUCAAGAAUCUCGGUUCUGAGGCCAAAAAAGUUGGUGGAACAAGCGGCAUCGGCCUCUCAACAGCGCGAGAAUUCACGCGUUACGCCGUUGCUCCUCAUAUCUAUCUAGUUGGUCGGAAUGAAGCCCAAGCGUCUGAUAUCAUAUCUGAAUUGAAGACAAUCAACGAAUCGGCGACAGUGAGCUUCGUGAAGAGUGAUGUCUCUCUACUCAAGAAUGUGGAUGAGGCAUGUCAAGAGAUUUCCAAGAAGGAAUCAAAGGUGAAUCUGCUAUUUCUAAGUGCGGGUAUAUUCACUACUAAGGGGCGGACUGAAACAAGCGAGGGAGUCGACAAAAAACUCAGUCUACAUUACUACUCCCGCAUCCGCUUCAUCCAAAACCUUCUCCCACAGCUAGGUCAAGCAUCCUCCUCCGGCGGCCUGGCACGUGUAGUGUCUGUCCUAGGUCCAAGCACAGAGGGCAAAAUGAUCGAAGACGACCUCGACCUACAAAGAAACUACAGUCUUCCCAGAGCCGCAACGCACGCGGUCACCAUGACUUCUUUAUCUAUGAUUCAUCUCGCAGCCUCAAACCCUUCUAUUAGUUUCAUCCACAGCGCACCCGGAGGCGUAAAGACCAAUCUCAUGCGAGACUUUAACCCCAUCGCUAAAAUGCUCGCCAACGGCGCUUUUGCGUUGUUGUCACCUUUCGGAUCGAAGAUUGGGCUUAUAGGUCUUCAGGAGAGUGGGGAGAGACAUGUUUAUGCCUCCACAUACCCGAAAUUUGCGCCGAGGGAUCAAAAGGUUGAGACGGUGGGAGCGGAUGGGGAGAAGGGGAGUGGAGCGUAUAGGGUACAUUUUGAUAGUUCGAUUGUGGAGUCGAAGCAAGAUGUGAUCCAGGAGUAUUUGGACAGGGGGGUGGUGAAGACUGUGUGGGAGCAUACGACGGGUGUUAUUGAUAAGGUAGUGGGGAAAUAA